ACCCACUAGGUAGUGGAUAAGCACAAACCUUAUUCAACACUCAUAUCCUUAUCCUGUUUCUUUCAAUGGAAGUCAUUUCUGCUUCUAGCUUGAAUCCCAACGCUCCGAUGUUCGUGCCACUCGCCUAUCGGACGGUGGAGGAUUUCUCCGACCAGUGGUGGGACCUCGUUCACUCCUCCCCCUGGUUCCGCGACUACUGGCUCCGCGAGUGCUUCCAAGAUCCCCAGUUCCAAAACGACGACGCUUUCGACUUCGACUUUGACCUAGAUCUCCAAGAUGAAGAUGAAAGGGAACGAAAGGAAGGGAAGGAGGUGGUGUCGUUGGGGCUGCUGAAAUGGCGAAGCUGUGGAGGAGGAUGGGCCCAGGCGCCGAGGUAUGUGGAAAAGGCCCCCAAGUUUGUGAAGCCCAAGGUGAGCCCACGGGCUAUUCACCAGCCCAGGUAGACGCAAGCCGGCCCAUUCCCCACCAGCUAUAGCUGUGUACAUAAGCGCAAAUGACUUCAGAGCUUUCUUUCUUUACAUUUUCCAGAUUUUAAUUUUCGUGUUGACUUGUUGCUCUGAUAUUUUCCAUAAAGAUAAAGUCAGUUUCUUUGUUAAUGAUAAUUGCUUGGCUUGUGUCCGUGUUACAGAUCUUAAUAUCUGCUGUAAUUUCAGAAUUUUAUGUUUACGAGUUUGGCUAAGAGAUAACAAAAUUGUGUAUGGCUUGUGGGCGUGGCAAAUCAAUUCGAUUAUUUUCAAAA